AUGCCUCCUUUUGUGCCGCGCAAGGAUCAUUCCACUCAGGAUACUCCUUCAAAGCGCGGCCUGCUAGAAGCUCUCGAUACACCUCCAAAAUCGGCUACACUGGAAAAACUCAAAGCCCAAAAGAUUUCUUUAGAGUCUGACUCGUCAUCAUUAAGUUCUCUAUCCAGUUCGGACCUGGAGAAUAGCGCUAACAGCGCCGGUGUGGAUGACGAUGACGAUGAUGAAGAGGUGAACUGGGAAGACGUCCUCGGAGCCCCAUCUGGUUCUAAUGCAGCUCCCACCCCGGAGCUGCGAGAUUUGGACAUCACCAUACAAAAGAACCAUGUUUCACUGACCGAGCCACUUGGAGGCAAGAAGGGACCCAGUAAGAUUGAACGAUUCAUCCGCAUCCAAACACACUGUAUGCAUGUUCAAUUUCUCCUAUUUCAUAACGCUAUUCGGAAUUGGUGGAUAAAUGAUCCCGAGAUUCAUGAAAUAUUACGCGAGAAACUACCAGAAGGUAUCAAGAAGGAAAUCCAGAGAUGGAGGAUAGCAGCUGGCCUGGAAACUCCAAAGCCCACGCCAAAGGAGUCGUCGAAAAAGAGAAAGCGAGAUCGUGAUUGGACUGAAGAUUCGAGUUACGUCGAGCCCAACCGGCCUGACCUUAGUAGAGGAGACCCGACUAUUCACUUGCUAAAAGUUUUGGCUGCCUAUUGGAAGAAGCAUUUCAAAAUUACGUCUCCUGGACUGCACAAACGGGGCUACAGACCCGCAUCGGUGUUGGAAGAGGAACUAAGGGCGUUUAACAGAGGCGAGGAAGACGAGAAUCGAUUUGGUGAGAAGAUUCAGGAUCUCAAUGAGUUCCGCGAACAUGCUCGUCGUUUAUACGGAUCUCGCGAUGUAGGCUCCCAGUUGUUCACGGCGCUUCUGAGAGCGUUGGGCCUCGAAACGAGACUCGUUGCAAGCCUGCAACCCAUCGGCUUCGGGUGGGCAAAGAUCGAAAAGUACGCAAGUGCAGAUGAAACAGCACCAAACAGUCCUGUGGAAAGCGAAGAAAGUUCUCUAGAUGAGGAAUUACCACCCAGACCCAAGGGGAAGUCUAAAAUCUCCAACAAAAGGCAGCAACUAGCUGAUGGGGACUCCCCGUUUCCCACAUAUUGGUCUGAAGUAGAAUCUCCUGUUACCCAAGAAAUCAUUCCAGUGGAGUCGUUAAUUUUGCCUAAUUCCGUUGCGAUGACUCCGGAGCUCCUGGCAGCGUUUGAGCCGAGAGGAGCGAAAGCUGAGAAAGCGAAGCAGGUUAUUGCAUACGUCGUCGCGUACUCUCCUGAUGCAACCGCAAAGGAUGUUACUAUUCGGUACCUUAGACGGCAAACUUGGCCCGGAAAGACCAAGGGCUUCCGGAUACCGGUUGAAAAGCCCGUUGAAAUCGAACUGAGUACAGGACCUUACGUCUACGACUGGUUUAAAGCUACGAUGAGGGGAUAUAUUCGUCCAAGGGAUAAGAGAACGACAGUUGAUGAGAAAGAGGAUCUAAGUCUGGUGGCUAAACAGCCAGAGAAGAAAGCACCGAAAGAAGGAGAUACCCUGCAAAGCCUUAAGGCGUCUAAAGACUUUGUGCUGGAAAGAUUUUUGCGUCGGGAAGAAGCACUUCGCCCGGGAGCAAGUCAUGUGAGGAUGUUCAUUUCUGGGAAGGGCGCUAAACAAAAGGAGGAGAAAGUCUACCGGAGAUCAGAUGUCCAGAAGUGUUUAUCCGCGGAGAGCUGGCAUAAGGAGGGACGACGGAUUAAGCUUGGCGAGUUGCCGUUAAAACUGGUCCCAAUCCGAGCGGUUACACGGAAUAGAAAGCUUGAGGUUGACAGGAUGGAACGGGAGACUGGUGAGAAACCGAAGCAGGGUCUCUAUGCGCUCCAUCAAACGGAGUACAUAAUUCCGGACCCGAUACAAGAUGGAAUAAUUCCGAAAAAUGAAUACGGUAACAUAGACUGCUUUACCCCUUGGAUGGUCCCGAAAGGCGCCGUGCACAUCCCGUGGCCAGCUACUGUUCGGGUUUGCAAGAAGCUCCGUGUGGACUACGCAGAAGCUGUUAUCGGUUUCGAGUUUAGCAGCAAGAUGGCGGUUCCCAUUAUUCAAGGAGUGGUUGUAGCUGCUGAGAAUGAAGAUCUUGUCAAAGAUGCCUGGCGGGCUGAAGAUGCUCAGAGACGAGAGAGGGAGAGAUUGAAGCAAGAAAAGUUGAUUCUUACAACUUGGAGGAAGUUUAUUAUGGGCCUUCGAAUAUCCGAGCGAAUACAAGAAGAGUACGGGGAUACCAUAGAGAUGGAAUCCCAGAAUCCCUUUGUCAACCAGAGGAACAUUAUACCAUCUGACGUACAGCCUGUCGACAGAGAUGAGGCAGACUAUCACGAAGGGGGCGGCUUCUUGGUCCCCGGAGAAGAUGAACCGGAGCAUGACCAGCUCGGCAUUCAAGCACAACCCCGAAAAGUUGAGGGAAGUAGGGAGGUGCCAAUAGCCCUAGAUAACGAUACGUCCGAAGAGCUGAGUGACAUAGAAAGCGUUUGAUCUCUCCUGCCAUGGAUAGCAGAAUUUAAUCUGUAGCUGGGGAACAUCCCAUGCACUUGUAUAGGAUAAAGCCUUGCGGGGCCAUUUUCUGUGAGCAACAGCGGCGAGUUCUUGUAGCUACAGUGUGGAUUGUCAGUGUGUUACUUCCUGGAGGAGUUAUUAAGAACCAUAAGAAGAGAAUAUGAAGUAACUACUCGAUACAAAA